UAAUUUUGUCACCCAUCUUGCAUGAAUCGAAAAGAGAUACGACGAUGUCACCACUUCUACCUCAUAGCCAAGAUCCGGCCUUGUUGGAAUCUUUUCGAUACGUCAAUUCUAUGCCAGGGAAAAAUGUGCGGGGAAAAAUGAUCGAUUGCUUCCAACUAUGGUUGGCCAUCGACGAGUCUUCCGAGCUCAAAGUACUCGACUCCGUGAAAGAAAUCAUAGGUGACCUUCACAACGCGUCCCUUAUGAUUGAUGACAUCGAAGAUAAUUCCAAAUUGCGCCGGGGAGUUCCAGUCGCUCACUCUAUUUUCGGUGUCGCUACCACAAUCAACACCGCAAACUAUGCCUACUUUCUUGCAUUGGAAAAAUGCCAUGCGCUACAAAAUCCACAAGCGAUGACCGUAUUCGUAGGAGAACUCCUUAAUCUACACAGGGGACAAGGGCACGAUAUCAUGUGGCGAGAGAACGGAACAUGUCCCACGGAAGAGGAAUAUCUAAAAAUGGUUAAAGACAAAACAGGGGGGCUUUUCCGCCUUGCGGUAGGUGAGUAAAAUUGCGGGUACACGACCUAUGCAAUGAGGUUUUUGCACUAUUUACAACAACGGCUCAUCCUUGGCAACGUCUUUCAACCUUAUUGUUUGUCCAAUCUGGUAGGUCUCAUGCAGGCCUUUGCAACUACAAAUCUCCGUACCGAUUAUACAGCUCUGGUGAACAAUCUCGCUGUUUACUUUCAAAUUCGAGAUGAUUUCAUCAAUUUGGUUGACGAAGAAUACAUGAAAUCAAAGAGUUUUUGUGAGGACUUGACAGAGGGAAAAUUUUCUUUUCCGGUGAUUCAUUGUAUCUGGAGUUUUCCGGAAGACCAUCGAUUGUCAUCGAUUUUGAAACAAAGGACUGACGACACCGACGUAAAACGGUACGCGCAACAAAUAAUGGUCGAAUCGGGUAGCUUACAGUACACGAGAGAAAAAUGUACGAGCCUAAAGCGUGAAAUCACAACGGAAAUCGAGAGGCUUGGAGGAAACCCUCCUCUCAUGCAACUCGUGGAAUUACUUGAUAUCCAAAUUCAUGAGAUGAAUUCUGUGAAGUUAUGACGGUAGAAGAAUUUAAAUUCGAAAGCAAUUAAAUGGUUCAUGUAGAGACUAAUACAAAGUAAAUAACAUG